AUGGCUAUCGACAUCCUCGUCUUGAUGACUGGUGCAGGGGUCAUCUCUUGCCACGAGAUUGCCCCCGGCACAACAAACACGGCCUUUAUCGCACUGUACCAGCUCCCAGAGCCUCUCUCAUCAAACUUCUUCAUCAUUCAGCAGCCUGGAGUACUGGAUCAUGUCUUGAAAGACACCACUCCAUCCGUGCAGAAGAUAUCCAACGGAAUGCGAGAACUGCGCCUGGACACUCUCCAUCCUCUCUCGAACACCCAACUGACUCUCGCGGAGAAGCUUGGUGCUAUUGAUGGACCCACCACGACGCAGUCUUCGAUAAAUUCUGUCAAGGCUGAUGAAACAUUCAAGUGCUUCGUUCGAGGCUGUGCCGAAAAGAAGAAAGCGUGGCUGGAGGCAAGCCUUGCCAACGCUCGCACUUCCCGAAGUGAAUAA